AGAUUGCCGACGUUGACACGUCGUCGACGUUCUCCGUUUGGAGACGCUCGCACUCGAUGUGCUCUAUUCUUCGGCCGUAUCGUCCUUUCCUUUCUCAGCUCUCUCUCUCUCGGCCUUACUUCCCUCGGACACAUCGGCUCUCAACAAGAGACUCCACCGAGCUCCCAUUCAAUGAGCAUCCGGAAUGAGCGUGAUUUUUCCCUCGCCUUAUCUAUCCGGGCUGCUCAGGCAGACACAAGGGAAUGCCCCUGGUAUGGAGUGUGGGCUAAAGUCCUCCAAAAUUAUAUGUUUGCCGGGGCGGACGCAUCACGAACAUCAUGUACAUGCAUUCCACAAUACUCCCUCAUUGCAUCCCAUGAUUCCGGCCGCUCGCCGCCGAGUGGUGGCUCCGGUCGGUCCGAUUCUGACAUAUCCAUGGGCAGCCAUUCUUCAGAUCGGCAUUUGAUGACUCCAGGGGGCCCCCUUCCGGGACCACCACCUGUGCCCUACAACCCUACCCCAAAUUUCAGUCCUCAAUCACAGGCAAUUUUCGGAGGACCACUACCUCCCUUGACACCUAGCCCUGUGUACCCAGAUUUUCGUCGUCGUGAACCAUCCCCUGACAGUCCGACUACGCAGCACGUCACUCGUAUGCAGGCUCGUCGCGCUGUGAAUGUUUCCAACAAUCCUGUCAGCGCCUAUCCGCUGCCUCAAUAUUCGUCGUCGUCGUCAUAUCCGUAUCCAUAUCCAUCGGAUGGUACUUUCCCAAUAACUCCACCCAGGCCGACCACCACCUUUUCAAAUGCAUCUACCAGAAUUCCGUACUUUGUGCAAAUGCUCGAACAUGUAAAACAGCCCUUCCCAGUCAUUCCCAGUCAUGUAAUCCGCCGGGUUAUUAUGAUAGUUGAAAUCAAACCGCAGUCAUAUGCUGUGCCCGGUGGGGUAUUCAAAUGGGAAACUAUCUGGAAGGAUCAAGUACAGGAACAAGUUCUUCAUGCAUUUGAGGCUGAUCGUACUCUGAAAUACUUGGGAGUCCUCAUAGCUGCAGGUCGUCGUUGGGUGUACAGCACUGUGAACCGUGGCAAGCUAGUUUCUCGCACAAUGUCAGAGAUGCGCGAUCCAACUUGGCGCGGCACUGGACCGCAAGUACCAUCGUCUGAUAAUUCCGUGGUAGAGGAGGGGGACGUCCAGCCUGUUCUUCCCUCGUGGAACAUCCCCGACUUUCUCCCCAAAGCAGAGAAUGGCACCUUAUAUCAAUUUGAUCUCCUGGACGCCAGGGGAGACUCCCUCAGAGCCUUUCAAGAAAUUGUAAAUGACCUCCGCCAUAAAAAUAGUGAUAUUUAGUUCUAGGGCAUCUUAAUGGUGUGGGCAGGAGGGACGGUUUGGUAUUAUCGCGAGGCGGAAUAGAGAUGCAAUGAUGUGGUAUACAACAAGGUUAUGUAGUCGCCACAUGCAGUAUACAAGACUCAAUGAAGAAGCCAUGAAUAGUUAUAUCUCAACCGUUUUGAAAGUACGCCAUUCGAAAUGUAUAUACCUGAAUCGUACAGAGGUAUGAAAUCAUAUCAGUUGCAGAAAAUCACUAUUGGUGCCCAAUGAGCAAACUA